UUCCUCCCACACUCAGUAAAGAUGUUUUUCAGAAUGAAUCUUCUCAUUUUACUCUUCACCGCAGUCGCAGCAGCCCAUCCCCAUUUCAUGUGGAUGGAGCUCUUCCAUCCGCCAUUUCUGAUGGAAGUUAGCUGGAAAGCUCAGCAAGAGUACGACGAAAUUCUUCAUAAUCCGAAGUUGACGAUUGCUCAGCAAAAGGAGCAAAUCAUGGCGUGGGCAAAGAAAUACAAGGUCACGGUACGUGAAGAUGUCACUGCUGUUCAUAAUCUCACCGAAAUAAUGAAGAAUCAGAACCAGACCAUGCUGCAGAUGAUGGAGGGAGCACCAUUCGGUAAAAAGAGCUAUCCUGAAAUUGACGCUUUUCAGGUCUUCCAUGUGCUAAUGUUUGCUAUGAAAGAAGUCAUGCGAAAACAUGGUCCACAUGGACCUCAUCCGAUGCCACAUGAAGGACCUUUCCCAUUCGGUGGUUUCCAGCCCUGGAAUCACCCCUUUGGAAAUCCUUGGAAUCACCAAUGGAGGAAUCCUUGGGAACAUCAUUGGGAGAAUCCUUGGAAAAAGCCAUGGCAACGAGGAUGGAAUAAUGGACCUUUUAGUGGGUGGCCGCAUUUUGAGCCAGAAGGCCCAUGGAACAGAGGAGGAUGGCAAGGUAAACGUUUUGAUAGCUUCGAGACCUGA